AUUACAGCCAUAUACACGGUGUACACCUCGCCGAACCAUCCCCCGAUACCAAACCAUCUGCCAACGCUCAUCGUGACGCCCCAUGGCCAACCGACUAACAUCCUGUACUCGUACCUGCAUACGAACUUCAAUACCGAGAACUACCUUCUUACCCCUUCGCCGCAAGGCGAUCUGUGCGUUGCGAAGCUCUUUCCUCCGCGCCAGAAUGCCAACGGAAAGACGACUGCGUCGGAUCCCGGACAUCAGCACCAGGGCUCUACCAGAACUGUCCGCUGCGAGGCAUCUCGCAACCUCAAAUGGUCGAUUGCCAACACCGGAGUUCUGUCACCCAUCUACAAGCUUUCUCUACCAUCUCCAGACUCGAGCGACCUUCCUCUGUUCCAGAUAUCUAAGCCUAACCCUAAUGCAGCCUUCUGGAGCAUGUUCUACUUCGCGUAUGCUGGUCACAACAUCCCGCCCAAACGAAUCGAGUUCGGCAAGAUCAUGAAGAACCCACCAGGUCCGAAUGGCGGUGGUACACGUAUCAGCAUCACUGGUAAGACCCCGGAGGAGAAGGCUGUGUGGCAGACUCUCGGAGAAGGAAACGAGGACUGCGUCGAGUGGGUGGUCCUCUGCGCUGCUCUUAACCUACUCGAGUGA